CGUCCCGAGAAAUCUCACCGCUCCCCCAGUUCCGCCAUGGCGAUCUCCAAGGUCUGGAUCUCGCUGCUGCUCGCGCUUGCCGUCGUCCUGUCCGCCCCGGCGGCCAGGGCGGAGGAGGCCGCCGCCGCGGAGGAGGCCGCGGCCCCCGAGGCCGUGCUCACCCUGCACGCCGACAACUUCGACGACGCCAUCGCCCAGCACCCCUUCAUCCUCGUCGAGUUCUACGCCCCAUGGUGUGGACACUGCAAGAGCCUGGCACCGGAGUAUGAGAAGGCGGCCCAGCUGUUGAGCAAGCACGACCCAGCGAUUGUUCUUGCUAAGGUUGAUGCCAACGAUGAGAAGAACAAGCCGCUUGCGGGCAAGUACGAGGUCCAGGGCUUCCCUACCCUUAAGAUCUUCAGGAACGGAGGAAAGAGCAUUCAGGAAUACAAGGGUCCCAGGGAGGCCGAGGGAAUUGUUGAAUACUUGAAGAAGCAGGUUGGCCCUGCUUCCAAGGAGAUCAAGGCACCUGAAGAUGCCACUUACCUUGAAGACGGCAAGAUCCACAUUGUUGGUGUUUUCACGGAAUUCAGUGGCCCUGAGUUUACGAACUUCCUUGAGGUUGCUGAGAAGCUGCGGUCUGAUUAUGACUUUGGCCACACUGUGCAUGCCAACCAUCUCCCACGUGGUGAUGCAGCAGUGGAGAGGCCAGUGGUCAGGCUAUUCAAGCCAUUUGAUGAGCUCGUUGUUGAUAGCAAGGAUUUUGAUGUUUCUGCUUUGGAGAAAUUCAUUGAUGCUAGCAGCACCCCGAAAGUUGUUAUUUUUGAUAAGAACCCUGACAACCAUCCGUACCUCUUGAAAUUCUUCCAGAGCAAUGCUCCCAAGGCCAUGCUCUUUUUGAACUUCUCCACUGGACCGUUUGAGUCCUUCAAAUCAGCCUACUAUGGUGCUGUAGAGGAGUUCAGUGGCAAGGAUGUCAAGUUCCUAAUUGGUGACAUUGAAUCGAGCCAAGGGGCUUUCCAGUACUUUGGGCUGAAAGUCGACCAGGCACCACUUAUCCUCAUUCAAGACGGUGACUCCAAGAAGUUUUUGAAGGAACAUGUUGAGGCUGGCCAAAUCGUUGCUUGGUUGAAGGAUUACUUUGAUGGUAAAUUGACUCCAUUCAGGAAGUCCGAGCCUAUUCCUGAGGCGAACAAUGAGCCUGUGAAGGUAGUUGUGGCUGACAACGUUCAUGACGUGGUCUUCAAAUCUGGCAAAAAUGUUCUUAUUGAGUUCUAUGCGCCCUGGUGCGGACACUGCAAGAAGCUAGCACCCAUCUUGGACGAGGCAGCUGCCACUCUUCAAAGCGAAGAGGACGUUGUGAUCGCGAAGAUGGACGCCACCGAGAAUGACGUGCCGGGCGAGUUUGAUGUCCAGGGUUACCCGACCCUGUACUUCGUCACUCCCAGCGGGAAGAAGGUCUCUUAUGAGGGUGGCAGGACGGCCGACGAGAUCGUUGACUACAUCAGGAAGAACAAGGAGACUGCUGGGCAGGCGGCGGCGGCGACCGAGAAGGCGGCGGAACCGGCUGCCACCGAGCCUUUGAAGGAUGAGCUCUGAGCAACAGUCUUUCUAGCAGCAGACAGGUAGAGGAUGGGGAAACAUGUUUUGGCAAGGCAGAUUCCAACGCCAGAUUUUGCGAGGGGGGUCGAGAGUUGGUUGUUGGAUGUGUUGGCCCCGGUUUUGCCUGAUACUGUAUCCCGUUGCGAGAAAUACUGUAACAAAUCUUCAGUCGUGUACUUAGUUAAAUUAUCGAGAAGUGACAGUUGAAAUGUUUGGUGGAGAGCUCUGGUAAUAAAUGGCACUUCUGUGCCUGGCAGAAUCAUCAUGCAUGUGCCUUUCGCUU